AUGAGUAACAUAAAUAUUGUAUGUUUGGGAGGAGCUAGCGAAGUAGGGAGAUCAUGUGUAAUAAUAGAAAGUGAGAAAACGUCGAUUAUGCUAGACUGCGGAAUACAUCCAGCUUUUAUGGGCAUUGGCUGUUUACCUAUAUAUGAUGCCUAUGAUAUAUCAAAAAUUGACGUCUGUUUAAUUACACAUUUUCAUAUGGAUCAUAGUGGUGCAUUGCCAUAUUUAAUUAAUAAAACUCGAUUUAAAGGGCGAGUUUUUAUGACCGAAGCAACAAAAAGCAUUUGUUAUUUACUGUGGAGUGAUUAUGCACGUAUAGAAAAAUGUAUGAAUUUAAUGAAUAAAAAUAAAUCUAUGAAAAGCAAAAAAGAGUUAGAAGAUAAUGGAUCUGAUGGUAUAGAUAAUAUAAAUAAUGACGGAUAUAUUAGUAAUGAUGACAAUGAUGAUGCUUAUUAUGAUAAUUAUAUUGUUGAUAAAAAUAAUGAUGAAAAUAGUAAUAAUGUGUUAUAUGAUGAUGAUGAUAUAGAAGCUACAAUGGAAUUAAUUGAAACAAUUAAUUUUCACGAAAAUAUUGAACUUGAAAAUGUAAAAUUUACUGCAUAUAGAGCAGGACAUGUUAUAGGUGCAUGUAUGUUUUUAGUAGAAAUUAAUAAUAUACGUUUAUUGUAUACUGGUGAUUAUAGUAGAGAAAUAGAUAGACAUAUACCAAUAGCUGAAAUUCCGAAUAUUGAUGUUCAUGUAUUAAUAUGUGAAGGAACAUAUGGUAUUAAAGUACAUGACAAUAGAAGAAAACGAGAGGCAAUUUUUUUAAAUAUGUUAACUAAUAUAUUAAAUAGUAAAGGAAAGGUAUUAUUACCUGUUUUUGCUUUAGGGCGAGCUCAAGAAAUACUAUUAAUAUUAGAAGAACAUUGGGAUCGAAAUCCUAAUUUACAAAAAAUUCCAAUUUUUUACAUUUCUUCUAUGGCUACAAAAUCGUUAUGUAUUUAUGAAACAUAUAUAAAUUUAUGUAGUGAUUUUAUUAAAAAAAUUGUUAAUGAAGGUAAAAAUCCAUUUAAUUUUAAGUAUGUAAAAUAUGCAAAAUCAUUAGAUUCUAUUUUAAACUAUUUAUAUCAAGAUAAUUACCCAUGUGUAAUUAUGGCGUCCCCUGGUAUGCUUCAAAGUGGUAUAUCAAAAAGUAUUUUUAAUAUAAUUGCAUCCGAUAAGAAAAGCGGAGUUAUUAUAACUGGGUAUACAAUUAAAGGAACACUAGCAGAUGAAUUAAAAACCGAACCGGAAUUUGUAACCAUUAAUGAUAAAUUAGUCAAAAGGAAAUGUCAAUUUGAACAAAUUUCAUUUAGUGCGCAUUCCGAUUUUAAUCAAACAAAAACAUUUAUUGAAAAAUUGAAAUGUCCAAAUGUUGUUUUAGUACAUGGUGAUAGAAAUGAAUUAAAUAGAUUAAAAAAUAAACUAAUAGAUGAAAAAAAAUAUUUAUCAGUUUUUACUCCGGAAAUAUUACAAAAAGUAUCCUUUCAUUUUGAACAUAAUGAUCAUGUUAUAUCAUUAGGGAAACUUUCUCAACAUAUUAAAAAAAUUAAUAAAAAAAUUAGAUUACUAAAAAAAAAAAAUCAGAUAAAAUUAAUGGAAAAAAAUGAGUUAGACAAUACAAAGGCAAUAGAGGAUGAACAAUUUCAAGAAGAUUUGAAUGGCAAUGAAAAUAUUAUGAAAAAAGAAGAAAUUACCGAAAAUAUUAUUACUAAAAAAGAGCCUGAUGCAGAAAACAAUCUUACUGAAUUGAAAAAAAUAGAUGCUUUACAAGCAACAGGUGAAGAAAUGGAUAAAAACUAUGCGGAUAUCGAAGAUGAAAUAGAAGCAGAAGAAAUAGAAGCAGAAGAAAUAGAAGCAGAAGAAAUAGAAGCAGAAGAAAUAGAAGCAAUAAUAAUAUCUGAACCUCAAUCUGCCCCUGUUAUUGUUUUUCCAAGCGAUAUACAUGAAUAUACAAAUUUAAAAACAGCAUUAAUUGAUCAAACCAUUAAUAUUAGAUAUCCAUAUAAAUUAGAUGCAUUAUAUAACGUUUUAAGUAAUGUAUACGAAGACAUUUUUAUGGAAGAUAACAUAAUUUUCGUUAAAGAUAUAAAAAUAUUAUAUUGUGAAGAGGAAAAAGUAAUAAAAAUUAAUUGGCUAUCAAGCCUUAUUAAUGAUAUGGUUGCGGAUAGCAUAAAUUUUUUAAUUCUCGAAUUUAUGGAUACAAUGGCAUCUAAUAAAAAAUGUUUAUCAAUUUGUAAUAAUACAACGGAUACCCAAAUAUACGAAAUGAUAGUUGACUUUGUUGAAGAAAAUUAUGCAAAUGUUGAAAGAAUAUUAAAAAGAGAUAUAAAGCAGGCUUUAUUAUUAUGUAAUAAUAAAAAUGGUGAAAAUGAUUCUAUAGAAAAUCCCAAAUCUGCUUUGUAUGAAGGAGAAAAGAAAAAAAUAAAUAUGAAGAACAGUAAUAAUUGUGACAAAAAUGCAAAUGAAAAUAUAGAUGACUCCAAUUUAAAUGAAAAUGAGUUAACCUUAAAUUUGGAAAAUAACAAUAGUAAAAAUAUAAAUUUUGAAAUGUAUGACAAUUUAUUUUUCGAUUAUAUUAAAAAUACGAUUAACGAAGAAAAGUCUAAUAAUGAAUAUGAUGAUAUUUGCAAAAUUAAUGAAAUUGGAGAAAUAUUAAAAUUUGAAGUUAAGGAUAAUGCUAACAACGAUGUUCAGGUGUUUGUUGAUAUGGACAAUAGGGAGGUUAUAUGCAAAGAAGAAUGUGUUUUAAUAAAAGUUAAAGAGAUUUUAAGAAAUAUUGAAGAAUCUAUGCUGCCAAUGUGUUUUUGA